UGUUGGUCUUUUGGGUGUGUGUUUGUGUUGUUCAAUUUUGCUUUCCUAUAAAUACAUCCACUUCCCCAUCUCCUUUCUUUCUUUCUUUCAAUUGGGUUUAAAGUUUCAACAACCCAAUUCAACUCUUCUCCCCUUUCUGUCUGUCAAAUUUGUUAUGUGAUCCACAGAAACAGAGCGAAAUCUGAUAGAACAGAGUGAUCGGUUUGUUCAUGAUGGCAUUGGAAACUGUGGUUUACCCACAAGACACAUUUAGCUAUGUUUGUAGAGAUUUCUGUUCUUUCGGAGGAGCUUGGGAGGGAGGAUAUGAUUACGGGUUUCAAUUAGAAGAACAAAGAGCCCUUCUCGGACCCAUUGAGGACCAGAAAUUGGGCUCUAAUUGGGAAGCUUCGCCAGAGGAAUGUUCAACCGAUCAGCAGCCGCUCCCCGGAGCUGUGUUUCCUCCGGUGGAACCGCCCCCGCCGACCACCGGAAGAAGAAAGCGGCGCCGCACUCGGAGCACCAAAAACAAGGAGGAAAUUGAGAAUCAGAGGAUGACCCACAUCGCCGUCGAGCGCAACCGCCGGAAGCAGAUGAAUGAAUAUCUCGCCGUCCUCCGAUCUCUCAUGCCCUCCUCUUACGUUCAAAGGGGAGACCAAGCCUCCAUUAUUGGUGGCGCCAUUAACUUUGUUAAGGAAUUAGAGCAGCAACUGCAAUUCAUCAAGGCGCACAAGGCCGAGACACAACCCCAAAUCGACGACGCCUCCCCUUUUGCCGAGUUCUUCUCCUUCCCCCAAUUCUCAACUCGUGCGACGACUCAGUGCAAGAACUCGGCCAAUGACUCGCCGAUGCCCCACCAGCAGUGGGCCGCCGCCGGAGACAUCGAAGUCACCAUGGUCGACACCCACGCCAACCUUAAAAUACUGUCCAGAAAACGCCCUCGCCAGCUCCUCAAAAUGGUCGCCGGAUUCCAAACCUUGAGACUCACCGUUCUUCACCUCAAUGUCACCACUUUAGAUCAAAUGGUUCUUUACUCUGUCAGCAUCAAGGUUGAGGAAGGAUGCCAGUUGAAUACAGUGGAUGAAAUUGCAGCCGCCGUGAAUCAAAUUCUACUGUCGAUUCAAGAGGAAGCUGCUUUCAGCUGACACUCCAAACAGAGGGAAAAAAAAGUUUUUUUUUUCUUUCUUCCUAAAAAUUACUUGUGAACGAUCGAUCGAAUUAAUCUGUUUCUUUUGGAAUGUAUUUUAUUUGUUCAGAAUUUC